CUCACCGAGUGGGAGUCUCUCAUGGCUAGCGAAAUCAAGCGUUGCGGUGAAGUGCUACAACGACAUAGUUGUAAACGUGUAUGUCACAAGUACGGAAAUAAUGACCAGUGUAGAUUUCUUUUUCCGCAUGAGGUUGUCGAGAAGUCUUACUAUGAUGCAGACAGCAAGUCAGUCGUGUUGAAGUGUCGCGAUGGUACAGUCAACUUUUUCAAUCCUUACAUACUCGUGUUCUGUAGACACAAUCAUGAUUUAAAAUGUAUACUGUCUGGAAGAGCAGCGAAAGCGGCCAUGUUAUACAUUACUGACUACAUCACUAAAUCAGAACUCAAGACUCAUGAGAUGCUGUCGUUGUUG